AUGUCGCCGAAGUGGGAGCGACAUUUAACACUUUCUUCAACAUUGUCUCCGUCAUAUCGUUCUUUUAAGCGGAAAAAAGUGUUUUUUGAGAUCUUUUUUUUCAGAGUCGGCUGCUUUCCAUACAUCAAAUAUCACUGCACAAAGAGGCCUGUUCAGGACCUCAGCGCUGAGAACAGGCUCUAUCGCCUCAUCACUGUUGUGAAUCUGGGUAUUCAUGCGUUUUGUACGGCUUGGCAGCGAUCGCACUUAUCAGGCACACCGAGACAAUUGAAGACGAGCAGACGAAGAAAACUGUUCGCAUACAUUUUCUCAUCAAGGAAGAUCACAAUUGAGUCAGAUCUUAAAAUGGGAUUAUCUAAGUUUCAAGCUAAUUUCAGUUAUGAGAACUACUCUAUUCACAUUUUUUUUUUCAAAAUCAAUAUAAAUCAAUCCUGUCAAUUGCAGUACCCUUACGACAGCAGUAUGGUGGCGCCGUCCUGUUGUCUAGAGUAUCGACCUACCGCAACAUUCUGGGCGAUUCUUCUUUUCAUCGUAUUUCCAGUCAUCUAUCUCGCUGGGAAGGUUGUUGGUACAGUAAUCACAGUGUUGUUUCGAGUUUUACGAGGACUGUAUAAGCUGGUGCUAUGGGAUGACGUGGACUUUGAGGAAGAGCAAGAGCAAGAGGAGCUGCGAUUGGAAAGACAGGCUAGGUUGCUGGAGAAGGAACAAGCGAGGAUCGAACGCCGUCAGGAGCGCGCACUAAGACGACAUCAAGCUGUUGCUCUUGAAUGCACCAAGAAAAACGAGAAGAUGACGUCACUGAUGGCAAAUGGUGCACCCCGAAAUGGUAUUGCAAAAUGUGUUCAGCCGAUUGAUGGUGUCAGUGAAUCGUUGAAUUCUGAAUGCGAAGUGGAUGAACAGCGAACAGAUUACCGCCCAUAUUUGAAACCGACUCGUCGCCACCACCGUUUGAAACACGACGACAACGACCACCUACCACGAACGCGCCUGGCACUUGGUCAUGCCCACUUUGCGGAUUGUACCGACACCUUCGGAAACACCGAUACUCAGCAAUGGUCAUGUCACCGUACCGACCGAUUGCCCCUGUGA